AUGACCUUUAAGUACCUUAACAUCCCGGCACACCCAAAUGCUGGCAAACUCUGGGCCCCAGACCCUCAGUUCAUCUGGCAAGUCUGCUCUGCCAACCCCCACGUGGGGCAAAAAGAGCACCACAAGUGCCCGGAGCCCUCAUACCUGCCACUUCUCAAAAAGCCAGAGUUCACCUCAGCUUGUGAAAAGGAGAGAUACUUUGCUUGUUCUAGCGAAGGAUUUCCCCGAAGGGAUGAAAUAUUCAAGUUAUAUCUCUCCUCAUCGAGCUUGAAGAUCCAGUGUUUUUUCCAAACCGAAGAUGAAGUUACUUCAAAGGGAAUUUUGAGUGUGUUCACAGCAGGAGGCCUUGCUCCCAGUUUGGAAAUCAUAAAUAGUACAUAUGCUGGCUUGUUCCAUUUUAAUUUGACUCUGUUCCAUGAUGAGGUUACCUGGUCUAUUGAAAUCCCCAGAGAAAGCAUCAUAAAAAACACAGAACCUAUUCUUCAGUGGACUGUUGGAGUUAAAAUGCCAAAGAAAAACUUUCUCCGAGUACAGCCACAUGUGAUAAAUCUCGUUGCAACAAAAUGCCCCUGUUCGAAUGAUAUAGCUUUACUUGGCCUUGUUCUCAAUACAAAAUUUCAAGGUGUUUACAUAGGGCUAAGCUUUUCUGGAUUUUGGAAUUAUCAUAACACCACAUGGUUCAACAUGACAUGGGAUUUCCAAACCAAAGUUGAACAUGAUCGCUCAGGGCUUUCAGUGGUGGAUAUGGUGUUAACAAAUACUUUUUUAGUUGUACUCACCACACUCGGACUUUACGUAAGUCAAGAUCUUCGUUUCCCAACAACGCGAAUCUUAAAGUUUACAAGGAUAGAAUUUUGUGGCUUUGAAAAGGAAGACUAUACCAAAGGAAAAUUGUGGUAUAGUGAAAGAUGCUUUGCAAACAGAGAAACCUUUGAAAUUGAUUACAUUACUAUCACCUUUGACAGAAACAAGACCCUGAGUGAGGCAAGUGCUUGUUUUUAUAGCAGCGAACCGUUCCUUGAGUGGCUUACUUGCCUACCUCAAAGUAGGAAAACAACAGUGGUAACAUUUCUCGUUGACAUAGAGCGUGAAAAUGGAAUUUACCUUCUCAUCAAUAGCAACAAAAAAGUCACUGCCACUGUGAACACCAUGAGAAAUAAUCAACUCAGUGUCCUGAGUAAAUAUCCAAAGUUUAAUUUUCCUUCAACAUUCUCUGUCCCUGUUGGAAUGGUAUUCCAUCCAAGAAGUAAUAUUCUCUACGCUUAUGGUAACCAGGUGUGGAUGUCAUUGGAUGGCGGCAACACCUUCGACAUAAUUGCUUACUUAUAUGAUGAUGUCAUAGUGAAGUCUUAUCACAGUUUUUAUACUUCUGAUAUUACUUUUGUUUCUAAAAGUGGAAAGGUCUACCUGACGAAGGCAGGAUUAAAGAGAUACAGUGAAAUUGGAACUAUUACUGAUAAAGUGUUCACGUUAUACUAUGACCACCUGGGCUACAUACAUAAACUGACUCCUGAUCAUUUUGAAGCUGACCCACUCUCAGCCACUGGAAACUCGAAAGCCAUUUUUAAAACGAAUGUUGAUAUGGGCUUUAUGACUGCCCUUGCUCCGCAGUUCAUCUACUUAAAUGAGAUUAUUUUCUUUGCUUAUGUCCCCCCGGAUGAACCUCCGGCAACUAUAAACUUCAAAAAAUUCGGCAAUAUUCACUUGGGAAAAAUUAUCUACUCCAGGAAAUCUGGAAGUUCUUCUAUAAAAGAGGUAUUACAGCACACGAAUCGUCAAGGAUUUUUUUCUUCAGUGAUUACAGAAAUUAUAGAUCCUUUUGCAGUAGAAGAAGAGAAGGACAGUCCUUGUUUGUCUAGUUCACUUCUCAUUACUCAUAAUGAAAAGGACACUUAUCUCCUUACUCUCAAGCCACAGUGUAUUACUUCCUUAUUUCAGCAAUCAGAUCUACACAAGACUGUGGUCAUUCCUGGUUUUAGCAGCUUCCUGAUUAUUAACAUUACAGAUGGUAUGAAUGCUUUGGCUUUGGCUACCAUGAGUGCUAUUGCACCCGCAAAUGCUACCUUUCCAAGAUAUACUUGGCAAUUAUACAACUUUGGACUGUCUACAGGAAAAACAUGGAGCAUAUUUUCAAAAGACUGUGAUUACUGGUUUCAACAAUGUGAAAAUGAGUCCGUAGCACUCAAUGUCCUUAGAUAUAUUGAUCUUGGUAAAUAUCAGUCUUUGACUGUUAAAGUCACGCCUUCUAGAAAAGCAACAACUAGUUAUGAUCCACGCUGCCAAAUGCCUGUCAAUAAAGCACAAAUAGACAUUCUUCUGGGUUAUACGUCACUGGCAUUUAUUAUCUGGGAUGCGUCAACUGAAUGCUUUGCUACAACAUACGUGCCAAUAAUAAAAAGCAGCUGUAGUUAUCUCGGCUCUAUGUACCACAUUCCUAAAGAACACAUCCCACUCAAAGACUGGAUUAGCGGAGUUCACAUGGAUGACAAAGGCUUUAAUAUGAUCAAAACUUUGCCGGUCAACUACAGGCCCCCCUCUAAAAUGGGAAUAGCCAUUCCACUCUCAGACAAUAUCUACCACGCAGACCCCAGCAAACCUAGACCAAGAAACCUAUUUCACAAGUCGAUGGAAACUGGUCAAUUCAAGCAAUGUGCUAAUGCUUCCUCUCGGAAGGCGUGUAAUUGCAUGCCGGAUCAGAAGCUUUCACAUGCGGAGGCUUUCUCAGAUUGCAGAGAAAAAGUUCCUCGUUUUGCAUUUCCAGUUAAAAAUUAUCCAGUAUCUUUGGAAAUUAUCACCAGAGAAGGACAUAUGCCGGUGCAUCCUCCAUAUCUGGUUACUGUGACUGAAGUGAAUGACAGGGAUAAUUGGUACCUGAGACAACUAUCACCAAGAAAUGUAGAAAAACUGAAACUUCAUUUAAACAAGCAACUUAAUGUCCCAGUAUAUAACCCUGAAGGGCUCAACUUAACCAUAGAGGGCUCCGAGCUCUUUCACUUCAAAGUGUCUGUCAUUCCUGGUGUCACGUUUUGUAAGUUAGUGGAAGAAUUUCAGAUUUAUGUUGAUGAAGCGCCUUUGUCAUUUCCAGGACAUACUCUGAUUGCCAUCGCAACUGCCAUCAUUCUAGGGGGAUCCAUUUUUCUCACGUUUAUGUUUCAACUGCAUAACAUUCACCCAUGGAAGCUAUUCCGGAGACUGCUCUGGAGAAACAGAGUGAGCUUAUCAUAAAUCCAUGUCACUCAGCAUGUUCAUAGAUGAAAAUCUAAAGUAGGGAAUGAUGUUCACAAUUCUCUCUUUGUUUUCACGUUUUAUUAA